GCCUGGCUGUGGCAUGUAGAGGCAAACAAGAAUGCACAAAGAGGCUGGAUGUCAGUGAUCAAACUGCUGCGACUCGGGGGGAGUAGUUAUCUGGUCUCGACUGGUUGGCAGAUUCCCAAGUUUGUUUAGCUGACAGAUGAGAGUCCAGAAGGUGGCUAACAGGAUGAGGCCAGGCGGCCACGUGGCCCCGCAGGGAUUACAAGCACCAAGAAGAACGUAAAGAGAUUAAACCGAAAGCGGAGCUUGCUUUUUUAACCUCGUCACUGUUGUCACACUGGCAGCAAAGAAGGAAACUCCAGAGCCAAAAUUCAUUCCCGGAUUCUGUUUCCUCUGCCUCUCCUCCCUCCCUCGCUCCCUCUGCUCAUCCAUCCAUGCAGCCACCUCUGCUGUCCACAGGGAUCCAACACCGUCCAGGAACUAACUACUUGGGAAACUGAGCCGGAGCACAAGCAUAGGAGUGGAGCGGACUCCCUUGUUUGGUGCGUGCCAAGAGCUCACCAGCACCAAUGAGGAGACUCAUGCACACCCUGCUAAUGGACUUGAGAUAAAGACAUUUUGGAUUUUAUUGUUGUUUGCAACAGUCUCUUUGCAAAUGAAAACUUCGGGCUUGAAAAACACAUAAAUUAGCCCAACAUGCUUUUGAAGUCAGGAUUAUUCCUCACUUUGUGUCUGUUUACCCUGCAAGCAAGUCAAAUCAAAGACCUUCAUGACCACGGUUUUUCUGGACUCAGGGAUGUAAAGUACCGGCACUUCCUGGAAGCGUCUCGACCAAUCAGACAUGGAACCAACGUCAGAGCAGAGCAGGACAGACGUCGGGCCAAGAGGUCGGCUGUCUUCACCACAGGUGUCAAAGUGUGUCCUCAGGAGACGAUGAAAGCCGUCAUCGGCAGCCACCGGGCCUAUUACAAACUCAGAGUUUGUCAGGAAGCGAUUUGGGAAGCGUUUCGAAUCUUCUUGGACAGAGUCCCAGAUUCAGAGGAGUACAGAAGCUGGGUGUACACCUGCCAGCAUGAAAACCUCUGCAUGGACGACCUGGCCAAGAACUUCAGCAGCUCUCAGGAGCACCUGGACAUGGUGGCCAGAAGAGUGGCUGAGGAGGGUGAAAGUGAAGGAAUGUUAGCUGCGACUCCCUCGCCAGACAGAGAAUGCACCUGGACUCCUCCUGUGUUUCUGCUUCCAACUGAGCCUGAUAUGACUAAAGAGGAUCCCAACAUGGUAAAAGAGAACUACGAGGAGUACAUUAUUGAGUUCAGCAUCACCGUUGUGGAUCCAGCGUACAGCGAACUGUUCAGCGACCCUGCAGCUCCACAGCACAACAACAUCGCACAGGAGCUCACAGAGAAAAUGCUUCAUGUGUUUCAAAAAGUUCCAGGAUUUAAAGAGAUGCGUGUUGUGGGAUUUCGAUCGGAGGAUGUGUCUGUGCGCUACGCUGUGGUCUUUAAUGGAGAAACAGAGCUGGGUGAUGACCCUGAGGGCUUUGAGGAGGCUGACACAAAGACAAACGAGGAUGUAAAUGCUCCCAAACUGAAGCACAUCAUCGUAAAGGCCUUAAAACAGGAACCAUCACUGCCGCUGGACUUACAGACGCUCAGCUUUGAGACUGUAACCACAGUUUAUCCAGUUGCGGAGCUCGGGAUGAAUCCUAUCAAGACUGUAAUAUCUAAGGAAAUCACCACAAAAGCUCCAUUGGAGGGAACCCAAAGGUUCCUCCCCACUGUGGCAGUGAUAGAAAACUCGCUUGAAGCCUCUACUGUUAAACCAGAAACACACACCUUAGUGCCUUCCAUCGCCAACAUCCUCCCAGACACAAUUUCUGCCGCCACCGUGGAGAUUCCUUUAAUGGCAGAUGUAGAGGUGGAGACCACUGAAGCUGCUGCUGAGGAGGUUGGUGAUGUUGUAACAGAAGAAACAAAACUGGAAACUAUCACAGAGCAGGAAGAUGAAGCAGAGCCCGAGGUGGAGGAGAUACCACCAACUGAAGAGGACGACGGAGGUGAGGCUGAAUCUGAGGAGCAGGUGACAGAAGAAGAUGCUGAACUAGCUGAUGGGGACUAUGAGGAACAUCCAGAGCUCCAGAGUGAUAAUCUUUCUGUGACAACUUCUGGCUCCCAACAUGAAGAGGGGUUGAUUGAUGCACCUACUGUGAUUAAUCUCGAACUGCCGCAAUCUACAGAUCUGACACUUCCAGAAACAUCUGUCACAGAGCCUCCGGUUUCCACACCAUCCUUCCUUGAGGACACAGUUCAAGCAUCUGAACCAGAAACAGAUGUAGAGUCUUUGCCAUCCCCUGUGGAGAGCGGCGAGGCCCCUGAGGAUAGAGGUGAUUCCAGUGGAGGACACAGUGGAGGGACCCCGGCCUCAGUGGACCUUCCUGCUGAGAAUUCAAACAUCCACGAGGAAACAGGACUGAACCAGAAUGAGACGGAGGUGGAAGUAACCGAGCACCUAGAAGAGGAGAGCGGCAGUGGAUUCGCCUCAGAGUCUGACGAACGUCCAUACGAAUCCACAGCUGCACCCGCCAUGAGACCAGCCAGCACUCCAGUGAUGGCAGCAGUGCAGGGGAGCAAAGAGUUGGUGGUUUUCUUUAGCUUGAGGGUCACUAACAUGCUGUUUUCUGAUGACCUUUUCAACAAGAGCUCCCCUGAAUAUAAGUCACUGGAGAAUACGUUUCUCGAGCUGACACAGCACUCUGGGUCCAGAAACUCGCCAAACCCUGGAGCUUCCAGUAAAUCUGGGCCUAGGAGACAGACGACUUUAGCCUCCAUACCGCUUUUGCCAUAUCUACAAUCCAACUUGACUGGAUUUAAGCAGCUGGAGAUUCUUAACUUCAGGAACGGGAGCGUUGUGGUGAACAGCAAGAUGAAACUGGACAAGCCGGUUCCUUACAAUGUCACAGAAGCGGUGCACUGUGUGCUGGAGGACUUCUGCAAUGCUGCAUCCAAACGGCUUGACAUUGAAAUCGACAGUCGCUCUUUGGAAGUAGAACCAGCUGACCAAGCAGAUCCCUGCAAGUUCCUGGCGUGCAACGAGUUUUCACGCUGCGUGGUGAACAGCUGGACCGAUGAGGCCGAGUGUCUGUGCGAUCCGGGCUACGUCAUCGUGGACGGCUUGCCUUGUCAGAGCACCUGCACUUUGCAGCCCGACUACUGCCUGAACGGAGGCCUGUGUGAAAUAAUCCCAGGUCACGGAGCCACCUGCAGAUGCCCUGUCGGUAAAUACUGGCAUUACCACGGAGAACGCUGCAACGAGCUGGUGUCAGUGCCGCUUGACCCUCCACUAAUUAUAACCUGCCUCAUGGGAAGCCUCUGCCUCGUUUGCGCCGUCAUUGGCGUUUUAAUAUUCAUUAACAAGAAAUGUAUAAAAGCCAAAAAGGCCGUAACUUUGGUAUCCCCAGACAACUCUACACAACAAGAUCCGAAAAGUUAGUCUCAGAAAUGGUGGACUUUCAUCACUGUAUACCACAAAAUGAGGUAAGACACCUACAAACAAACUACUCUGUCUUUAAGUUUGAAAGCUCUCAGACUUUGGGUGGCACAAAAAGCUCAUAGUUACAAAAUCUGCAACAAAAAAACUAACUUUUCUGAGAUGUAUAGUACUUUUGAAGUAAUAUUAAGUGAUUUGCAAUAUGGCUAAUAGGGCAGUGUUGCUAAUAUUCAACAACUUUACCAUCAAAUGUUUUACAGCUCUAUGACGCAUGCAAAGGUAAAACAUCUGUGCAUGCAACUGCUGAUGAUCUUUCACUCACAAACCAAAUCACUGUUGACUUUUGUGCUUUGAAAGUUUUGCUUUACCACAAUCAAAAUAAUCUUUAGAAAAGUCGCAUUAUAACCUUGUAUGAAUAGCUUCCAGAUAAAAUAGCGCUUAUCACGUCUUCCUCAGUGUACUCACAGAUAUUGUCAAAUGAGCGAUGAUGAUUUAUACAAGCAACCAGCAGAUGUACUACCAGGGGAUUCUGUCAUUUAUUGUGGAUCUCCACCUGAAAAGAGCCAUUUUUCAUUCUUCCUCUUGUCUCCUCUAGACGUGGCAACGGCCAAAUGAAUACAGAACGUGUUGUCUUUUAAGGGCAUCAGAUAACGAAUGCUUUGAAGUUACGGUUGUCUGAUUGCACUUUGUUCAUCUGAGGAGCAGCUGACGCAGCGUCACAGUGAAAAACGUGAGGCAGCAAAGACUGACGGUGCUGUUAAACUGUAUAUGAGGUUCAGAUGGAGGCACAGUAGACCAGUGAUGAGUUUAUUUGUUCAUAGUGAUGAAAGUGUCUUGUUAGACAGACAGCUAUGGAUAUCAAGGUGGACUUAGGCUUCGUUCAAGUGGAACCUAAUAUUUAUUUUAUAUAUUAAACAGUAGGAAUAUUUCCUGUAUACCCUUGGCAAAGGUUGUUUUUUCCUCACAAUGAGGUAUUUAUUAUUUACAAACUGAUACACGUUGUGGUAUCCUAUGUUUAGUCUGUUUAUUUUAAUGUAAUUCUUCAAUUUUGUUGUGUCCCAAAAAGAGAAUGAAUGUAUAAGCUGUUGACUCUGGUCGUAUCACAUUGUUUAUGGAAAUAUUGUGCUGGAUUUCCAUAAUUCUGUCCUGUUCACAACUUUCACCACUAAUCAUUUGUCUAUUGAGAUUUGGACUUUUUUAUUUUACACAUUUUACAUCUAAAACUAAAUAAUAAAAGGUUGUUUUUGCAUUAAGAAAAUAAAUGUUUUGUUCGUUUUUGGCUGCUCAGAACGUUCAAGAUCUGUGUCAAAUAUAAGAAAUGAAAUUAAAAGCCUGUCAUUAAC